AGGGCGCUGGCGGGUAAGAAAGUCUUCUUUUCUUCUGUCCGCCUUGCUGGACUUUAGAACGUCCCAGGAUGAUUUCAUGCUUUUUUUUUAAAAUAAAGAAUCGGGAAGCACAGGCAGGCAAGGCAGAUUAGAAUCCCGGCAGAAUAGUUUCCGUUUCCGGUGCCAAAGGGCACGUGGAAUGUAAACACGGCACCACAGAGUGUUUUCAGCUCAUCCUUUCACCAUGACUGGCAGAUGUUUCCAGUGAUUUAAAAUGAACUUGCCUUCAAAUGGCUUCCUUUGGGUGGAAGAGGAGAAUUGGCGAGAAGGUAUCCAAGGCCACGUCCCAGCAGUUUGAAGCAGAAGCAGCUGAUGAGAAGGAUGCAGCUGAGAACGAGGAUGGGAACUGGCUUCAGGCCAGCAAACGGAGGAAGGAAACCCUGCAGGAGGGCUGUAAACAGAGGAGCCAACAGCUGAAGGAUGAAGGGGCUCAGCUGGCUGAAAACAAACGAUACAAGGAGGCAAUUCAGAAGUGGGAUGAAGCACUACAGCUAACCCCAGGUGAUGCCACCCUUUAUGAGAUGAAAUCACAGGUCCUGCUGUCUCUUCAUGAAAUGUUUCCAGCAGUCCAUGCAGCAGAGAUGGCUGUCAAGCGUAACCCACACUCGUGGGAGGCGUGGCAAACUUUAGGUCGAGCUCAGCUUGGAUUAGGAGAGAUAGUUCUGGCAAUUCGAAGCUUUCAAAUAGCCCUGCACAUAUAUCCGAUGAACCCUGAACUCUGGAAGGAAGACCUUUCUUGGGCCAGAAAGCUCCAAGAACAGCAGAAAGUAGCCCAGAGGAUUGAAAACAAAGAAAUGCCCCCGGAAGGCCCGGACCUCUCUCCAGGGUCCAUCCCGGACUAUGACUUUGAAAGCGAUGAGAUUGUUGCUGUUUGUGCAGCCGUGGCAGAAAAACAGAAGUCGGUGUCUGCAAAUAAAACAAUGGUUAUUGUGUCGGCGUCUGGGACUGUAGAGAUCGUAAACGAGAAGGAAGAGGGCUCUUCCACCCCAGAUGGCUCCGUCUUUAUCAAAGCCCGGUGAAGCCAUACACAAUGGAGAGAUGUUUGAAUCUUUUUUUUUUUGUUGUUUGCUUGUUUGCUACUUAAUGUUUUGAUGACAUAGGAUAUGCACUGUGGAGGAAGAGGGGGAAAAAAGAAAUCCUGUUUUAAAACGAUUUUUUAGGUGAAACAUAGAAAAAUCAAGUUGUGGAAUUAUUCUUCAGUGAGCGGACUAUGCUUCUGUAACUUCAAUAUAUAUACUUAGAGUUAGCAUCUUACGUGAAAUGUGUUCUGAUCGAUAAGCAUUUAAUUUGACUGUAUGGGAAAGUACCCUUAAAGGCACAGUUUGGAAAGUGUGUUCUUGAAUAGUGUGUCUUGACAGGCGUGUUACUACAGUGCCGACAUGGAGACUUUGCUUUGUGAUAAAGGAAGUGUGCGGUUUCUUUCCCUCCUGUAAAUCUGCUGUUGUCAUUCUCCCAUUUUUCUUGCUUCACCAGUGUAAGUUUUCAUCAAGAUUGAAUAUUUCUGACAUUCUUUUGGAUUCAAAGUUAUUGCUUUGUUAUAUGUGAAUAUUUGAAAUAUUUCAAGUUUGCCUAAAAAUGCAUGCAGAUGUAUGUGUCCUGAACAUUUCUUUGAAGGUUUCGUUGUUCUUGUUGUUGUGCUAAUGUUCUAAUUUGUGCUUCUGUUUUGACUUUAAAGUUAAAAAGUGCUAACUGUCUUCUUCAGGACUUGAUAACUGGAUACUGGUGUGUCAGAGAUGGAUUCAUUUUACUGUCAAGAUUGAGUCAUCUUUACCACAAGUCAGUCCUUUGUCAAGAUGAAUGGCAUUUGCAGAUUGUCAGUAAAGUCUAUUUCUGCAUUAUCCUGGUCAAAAAA